AUGUCCGAGAAGAAGAUUCCGAUAUUGCACUUGAAGCCUGAAAAGGAGCUGUUUUUCAAAGGUCCGUUUGACAAAGUCGCAGCGUCUACAAUUCGUUUGACCAACCCAUCGAAUGAUCAAAUGUACUUCCAUGUUCAAGCCCCGUCUCGCGACAUCUGGGUCCUUCCAAACUCCGGUGUCCUUGCACAAAAUGAAACAAAGGAGAUUAUCAUCCACUGCAAACCAUUCGAUAUAAAAACGACCGAUCCAUCACGAGACCGCCUCAUUAUUAAAUCUACACCUCUCUGUUACUUGCAAACCAAACCCGAAGACGCGGUGCUAGCCUCAAUGGAAAAAGUGGACUCCAUGCUCAAGUGCAUAUUCAAAGCGCCUGAAUUGUCAGCGUCGGCGGUGCAGGGGCCCAAUCGAGGUGCAACGUAA